AUGCGUAAAGAUAAUACAAAUCUGCAUAUGCAACAUUUGUUUAUCGGAAGUGAAGGGCAACUCGGUGUUAUCUGCGGUAUGUCGUUCGGUGUGGUUCCGAAAUCAAGUUGUGUUCAAGUGGCGAUGUUGGGUGUUGAAAGCUAUGGCAAAUGUUGUGAAAUAUUAACGUUGGCCAAACGUCAUCUCGGUGAAAUUCUAUCGGCAUUCGAAUUCAUCGAUGGCGCAUCAAUGCAAUGUCUAGAAGAGAAUAAAAAUCUGAAGAAUGUACUCACCUCAAAUCCAUCGUUCAAUAUUCUCAUUGAAACGAUGGGUUAG